AUGGAUUUUAGUUGUAUUGAUGUACCUGAUCAAUUCUUUUGUGGAAUUCCUUCUCAAAAUCAUAAAAACCAAUUAAAUAAUUUAGAAGAAUUGAUUCAUAACUCAGAAUUUUAUCAAAAAUUAAUUAAUCAUUCUACACCACUUAAGAUAAGUGAUAGAUCAUUAGUGUCAAUAGUUGUAACAGUAAUAUAUGAAUUAGAUCAACAAAUAUCAUAUGAAUCUGUUAAUGGAAAAUUAACAAGAUAUUUAGAAACCUUAGAAGAUGAAGUAAAUGAAUUUAACUAUAUAUCAAGAAAUCGUUAUUUAUGUAAAAUUGAAGGAUUAUAUAAUAAGUCUAUUCCAUCAAUUUGUUAUUCACGUGGUAAUUUAAUGAAAAAAGAUAAACAAACUAAUUCUAUUAAUCAAUUAAUUUGUGUUAUUGGAUUUGAAGAUGGAGUUCAAUUAAAAAUAGGUGAAAGAUAUCAUUUGAUAGGAAUUUACCAAUCGUCUCGUUUUGAUGAAGAUAAUGAGUUAGACAUUAAAUUACCUACAAAUCAAAGACUUUAUAUAUUAUUAUGGAGAAUUUUCGGAUUAACUGAAUAUUGUCUUGAUUCUAAUGGAAUUACUCCUCAAAUGAAUAUCGUUUUAAACCAACAUACAAAAGUUAUUAAUUUGGAUUGUAAUAAUUUCGAUAUUAGAAAUCAUAUUUUAACCCUUUUUAAUUCUAUUAUUCCUGAACCUAUGAACCUUCAUUUAUUACUUAAUUUAGUUAGCUCAAUUCAUACUCGUCAACCUAUGGUUCUUCAAAAAUAUUCAUUAGGUUUAAUUGUUGACACAAUUGAUCCUUUUAUUAAUAAUCUAAAAGAAACACUUCAAUUUUUUAAUCCUUUUGUUGAAGUUAUUGAUGCUUGUCAAACUAAAUCAUUACUUCCACAAAUUACUUCAGAAACUAUUGAAUAUGAAGAACAUUCAUUACAAAUUGGAAAUGAUAGUAUAGUAAUUAUUGUUGCAAAUAAAGAGAUUAAUGAACAAAAUAAAAUACUAAUAGAAGAGUUAUUAAAUCAACAAAUAUUACAAUUUAAUAUUUAUGGUCAACCAGUAAAUAUCCCAAUUAAUUGUUCUGUCAUUUUUGUUACUAAAAAAGGUUAUAACGAAGAUAUGAUUAGAUCAUGUGAUCACAAUGUUAUCAUUCAUCAGGGAAUCACAAAUAUUUCUAUAAAACAACUACUCCAUAAAUGGAAUCAAAAAGAAAUAUUGGAUGCGUAUAGAUAUUUUGCUUAUUGUAGACAAUUAAAAUGCUCUAUUAAUGAAGAUUUUCAAGACAUAGUCACAGAUUCAUUUGUUAGUGCAAGAAAAAUUAAUUCAAAUAUAGAUCAAAUGUCAUUACAUAAAUGGCUAAAUGUUGCUUGUAUUUUAGGUUCUUCUUAUGGAAAAAGAAAAAUCAAUCACGAAAUAUGGAAUGAAACACUACAACUUUUAUCACUACACUAA